GGAACUGCAGCGCUGACGGCACGCGCUGACAUGCACCGGCUUUGCGUCAUUUCCGGUAUUACGGGGACUCGAAGGAAAGCGGCCUGGGAAGCGCGUCGCGAAGUUAAAAGACGAAAUGGGUGUCGGCUGGUGUCCGCCUGUUCGGCCGUCAUAUAUUCUAGAGCGCCUGUCAUGCCCUGCGAAGUAAAGACCCGCUUUCUGCUGCUCUACGGAUCCCAGCGUGGCCAAGCGCAGUCCAUAGCUGAGGAGAUACGCGAUCAGGCGGAGGAACACGGAUUCAUCGCGGACCUCUACUGUCUGAGCCAAAAAGAAAGGUAUAACCUGGAAAAAGAAAUUGCCCCCGUUGUUUUUGUAGUAUCUACUACUGGCGAUGGAGAACCUCCAGAUACUGCCCUUAAGUUUGUGAAGGAAAUAAAAGACAAGACCUUGGCCAGUGACCACUUCAAACAUCUACGCUAUGCCCUCUUAGCAUUGGGCGACACAAACUAUACAUAUUUCUGUGAAUGUGGGAGAAUCAUUGACAGACGUCUGGCAGAACUUGGAGCCAAACCCUUCUAUGCUACAGGAUUUGCGGAUGAUAGCGUGGGACUGGAAAUAGUGGUGGAUCCGUGGAUCAAAGACCUUUGGGACGCUACAAGAACAGCUUCAUCAGAGAUGUCCACUUCAGGACAAGAAACAGCUGGCUGCCUGGAGUCUGUUCCAAACGGCGAUCUGGCAACCCGGGAGGAACCAAGUGCCGAUAAUUCAGGGGCGAGCUUGAACAUCCACCUCCUCAGCCUCAGUGAUGUUAAUGGUCCAGCCCACGAGCUUUCACAACGUGGACCAGCAGAGGAGGAGUCUGGCACAGAACAUACCAUACUGACCCGCUCCUUGCCCCCGUUGUCGCAGUCUGCCCUCAACGUGCCCACUCUGCCCCACUCUUUCAUUGAUGCCCAGCUGUUAGAUGGCUCUGCAGAGGAGAAUAACGGGCCGUGUCGGAAAGAAGGCGUCUAUGAGGUACCUGUGACCUCAGCCGUCCAGCUGACCCGAGAAGACGCUGUGAAGACGGCCCUGUUGGUGGAGCUGGAUGUUUCUGAUCUCGACAUCCACUACCAGCCCGGGGACUCACUCGAUGUGCACUGCCCAAACAGCGAGGAGGAGGUGGCAGACCUGCUGGGUCGCCUGGGCCUGGCGGGUUGUGGGAACCACGCCGUGCAGCUGCGGCUGCAGGCCGACACCAAGAAAAAGGGCGUGCAGAUUCCCAGUCACAUCCCAGAGAGCUGUUCCCUGCAGUAUCUCCUCACCUGGUGCCUGGAGAUCAGGAGUGUCCCCAAAAAGGCUUUCCUCCGGUCCCUGGUGGACUGCACGGCAGACCCCGCCGAGAGACGCAGGCUGCAGGAGCUGUGCAGCAAGCAGGGCUCGGCCGAAUACAACAGGCUCGUCAGAGACCCUGGCCUCUGCCUGCUGGACCUCCUGUAUGCCUUCCCCUCCUGCUCGCCUCCCUUGAGCCUCCUUAUAGAGCACUUGCCAAAACUACAGCCGAGAUCAUACUCAGCAGCGUGCUCCAGCCUCCGUCACCCAGGGAAACUGCAUAUUGUAUUCAACGUGUUGGAGUUUCCACCAUGCCCUGGACGUCCCAUCAGCAGGAGAGGAGUGUGCACAGGGUGGCUGUCGGAUAAAGUCUCACCCAUCCUCCGCCCCCACGGGGCGGCCGAAUCCCGUUCAGGAAACCCUGACCUUUCUGACCCCCUGAAGGUGCCCGUGAGCCUCCGCCCCAGCUCUGCCUUCCGCCUGCCCGCCGACCCGAGCGUGUCCCUCAUCAUGGUGGGGCCCGGGACAGGCGUCGCCCCUUUCAUUGGCUUCCUCCAGCACAGGGAGAAACAGCGGCAGCAGGACCGGGGGACAACUUUUGGGGAGACGUGGCUAUUCUUCGGCUGCCGCCAUGAAGAUCGAGACUUUCUCUUCCGGGAGGAGUUGGAGACGUUCCUGGCGAGCGGAACCCUCACCCACCUGAAGGUCUGCUUCUCGCGGGACCCCCACGAAGGGGCAGAGCCCCCACCCAAGUAUGUGCAGCACAACCUCCGCCUUAACUCCCAGGCCGUCUGCGACAUCCUCCUCCGACAGAAAGGCUUCUUUUACGUCUGCGGGGAUGCCAAAAACAUGGCUAAAGAUGUCAACGACACCCUGAUCGACAUAAUUGGCGAGGAGCUGCAGGUGGAUAAGCUUGAGGUGAUGAAGGCAGUGGCGGUACUGCGGGAGGAGAAGCGGUACCUGCAGGACAUCUGGAGCUGAGCAACUCGCUGAGCCCCACGUAGGCUUUGGUGUGUGUUUUAAUCUGAAGAAGACGCAGGGCAUCUAUCUGCACCUCCUCGCCCGGCUCUGCCCUCUGGCUGUCAUUGCUUAUGGUGCCCUGCUGCCUUCUGACACUGGCACGCUGGUUUUUCCUCGCACCUUGACCUUCAUUUAUAUUCACGGGUCGGGUCACGCUUCUGUGAAGAGCACGAUUGUGUCUCUCCGGGGAACGCCAGGGUCACGUGAGGCUAACCUGCUUUUUUAAAUUUUAUAUUUGGGGAGGGGGGACGGGGGGUUAGUCAGGUUAGUUUUAUGAUUUUAUGAUAUCCUGUUCUUUUAGUUCAGCUUUUUCCUUAUGAGUAUAUAAUAAGUUUAUAAUAGCUAUAUAUGAGUAAAGCCAGGUGACUGGGGGCCGCACUGUUCCCUCACACUUCCUGUGUGUGUGUGUGUGUGUGUGUGUGUGUGUGUGUGUGUGUGUGUGUGGUUUCACGUGUCAUGUGGUUCUCCUGCAGUCCAGCGAUAUGCAGUUCGGCUGACCGACGUAUUUGAAUUGCCUGUAGUGUUUGUCCCCUCUGAUGGACUGGCAUCCCGUCAAGGGUGUUCCCCUACCGAUGCUGCCUGGAAUAGGCUCCGCCCCCCAUUGACCGUAUCCACGAUAAUUAGGAGAUAGAUGGAUGAGUACAGACUUUAAAGAAUUUUUAUCUAUAGACAAAAAUUUUAAGCGAUAUCACACUUAUAAAGUACAGGUGCCGUCCCUACCUCCAGUCCUUGUUAUAUUUGGGCUUCAGUAUUUUUAACAACCUCAGCAUCAUAUUUCUUUGCAAAUCUAUAGCAGACGCAUAAAACUAGCCCUGUUGCACUGAUUGCAUGGAUUUUUUUCCCCCCUCCUCAAGUCAUUUCUCCCCCUGGAGGGGUGCUGCUGAUCCUUCUUGGGUCCACCUCCCUCUAUGCAGACGCCCUUCAGAACCCAAGACUGCCACUUGGGUUUCAGUUGGUUGGUUCCAUAAAGCCUUACCAUUCCUACUGUACCGUGUGCCUAAGUUCCAGACUCGCAUAGAUGCAAAAGUCUGUUGAGGCAAAAUAUUAGGUCUGUUUUCAAUGCACCAUUUAAUUUCAUUACUCGAAGGUCUAGGGCUGGAAUCUAAGAGGAGUGCAUUCCUCUCACCUUCCGUCUGAAACUUCCUUUUAAUCAAGCAGUGCUUGCACAGGGAUAAGCAGAUAACCUCCCAUCAGCUGGGCGACUGCCGGAUUGACAGACAGUCGAUAGUCGGCCACAAAGUGGCCAUUGUGCAGUGAUCUGUGAGCGGUAUUUAAAGGAGGUUCAUAGAACCUGCACUGCUCACCCAUAAUAGUUUACAGACCUCCUUUGGAGAACUUGCACGUUCUGCCAGUUAAAAGUGCCUUUAGGCCAAUCUGUGUUUCUGCUUUGGAAUUAGUGUACAGCGUCUGUGAUUUACUGUGUGAGGAGUGUCACAUUUUGGUUUGCUUUUUAGCCCUCUUGUUUUUCCAUUUAAAGACAUUGCAACAUGGAACGGCCUUUUAAUUCUGUGUGAAACAUGGCACCUUGUCUCUGGAGAAAUAAGAAAUAAAGCGAAUCCUCUUGUUACCAGUCCGUCACCCUGUGUCUCACUCUCAUGUUGUCCGUGGGUUCAUUACGCGGUACUGCAGUAACCUCGCCCAAAAAAAAAAAAAAAAACGUGGAAGGUGGUUAAUGUGGGCUUAUUAGAUCAGACUGUGUUUUUGAAAAAAGGUGUGUGAUUAAUUGGCUCUGGGUGCCCUUUAACUGUAGACUUUGCAUUAUAGUCUGCAGUCUUGUUAUUGCCAAGGAUUCUCAGCAAAUUCAGCAAGCACGGUGGUAUGAAACGUGUGAUCUAGGAAUAUAUAAACAUCCUAUAAGAUCAGUAUGUUUUACAUCUCUGUAACUUGCAUAUUAGUCUUGAGCCUUACUUUUAUCUUUCAGUAAGGUUACAUUAAGUGGCCAUUUUUUUUUGUAGUCAGAAAAGUCUGACAUCUUUUUAAGAAUCUGGACUACUGUACCACAUACUCCAUAGAUUUUUUUUUCCCCCUUUUCCUUAUAAGUAAAGCCAUACAUGUUGAAAAA